AUGGGAAAAUUGCACAGCUAUGUUUCAGUACUUGCUGUGGCAUUUGUAUUGGUGAUAGGAGUAGCUGAAUGCAGAAAAAUAAAAGAAAAUGAGUUAGUUGACGGUUUUGGAGGAGGUGGAUUGGGUGGUGGUGCCGGUGGAGGUUUUGGUGGAGGAGCUGGUGCAGGAAUUGGAGGUGGUGGUGGUGCAGGUGGGGGUUUUGGAGGUGGUAAAGGUGGUGGUAUAGGAGGAGGAGUUGGUAGUGGUGGAGGUGCUGGAGGAGGCAUUGGAGGUGGUGUAGGAGGAGGAAUUGGAGGUGGACAUGGUGGUGGAGUAGGAGGAGGAAUUGGAGGUGGUGGAGGUGCGGGUGGGGGUGCUGGUGGAGGUUUUGGAGGUGGAAAAGGAGGUGGAGUUGGUGGUGGUGGAGGCGCAGGUGGGGGCAUUGGAGGUGGUGCAGGUGGUGGUGCUGGUGGGGGUUUUGGAGGUGGUAAAGGUGGUGGUGUAGGAGGAGGAAUUGGUGGUGGUGGAGGCGUUGGAGGUGGUGCCGGGGGAGGCGCAGGUGGUGGUUUUGGAGGUGGUAAAGGUGGAGGUGUAGGAGGAGGAAUCGGUGGUGGUGGAGGCGCUGGUGGAGGCUUCGGAGGUGGACAUGGUGGUGGAGUAGGGGGAGGAAUUGGUGGCGGUGCCGGUGGAGGCGGAGGAGCGGGAGGAGGCUUUGGAGGUGGAGCAGGUGGAGGAGCUGGUGGUGGCUUUGGAGGUGGUGCAGGUGGAGGAGCUGGUGGUGGCUUUGGAGGUGGUGCAGGUGGGGGUGCUGGUGGUGGUUUCGGUGGUGGCGGGGGUUUUUGA